AUGGUGGAUUCCACGGUGGUAGUGCUAUUAUCGGAACUGGAAUCUCCAAUGGGCCCCAAACCAAUGCAAUAUUGGUGCAAGACUCCAGAAGGUCAGGCCUACUGCUGCGAGACGGUGCAUAACCAGAGACAACCUGUUGGUACCAAGCCACUGGAUUGCCCACAAGUCCGUCCCACAUGCCCACGUUUCAUGGCCCCCAAUACCUGUUCCAACGACUACAAGUGUGCUGGCCUCGAUAAGUGUUGCUUCGACAGGUGUUUGAGAGAACACACUUUGCAAGUAUUAUACAUUGGUCUUGUCUGA